AGUGCCGAUUUGCGUUCAGUCCAAGCAGUUCAUAAGAAACGCAGGCCCCUUGUUUCAGAUUCCAGGCUUUCGGGAGGAUUCGAGAAAGACGAAGGCAGGCAAAGAGCAAGCGAUACCGCACACAAACUGCCGAUAUGGAGGACCAGUUCCAGGAUGGCAAGGAGGAGGUCAUCCAAGCUUGGUACAUGGAUGAGAGUGAAGAGGACCAGAGGCUUCCACAUCAUCGUGAGCCCAAAGAGUUCAUCCCUCUUGACAAACUCUCAGAGCUAGGAAUAUUAAGCUGGCGUCUAAAUGCUGAUGACUGGGAGAAUGAUGAAAACCUCAAGCAAAUUCGUGAAGCCAGGGGUUACUCUUACGUGGACAUUUGUGAUGUGUGUCCAGAGAAGUUGCCAAACUAUGAGGCUAAGAUAAAGAAUUUCUUUGAAGAACACUUGCAUACUGAUGAAGAGAUACGCUAUUGUCUUGAGGGUAGCGGCUACUUUGACGUGAGGGACCAAAAUGAUCAGUGGAUCCGCAUAGCAGUGAAGAAAGGAGGCAUGAUUGUUCUGCCUGCAGGAAUGUAUCACCGCUUUACAUUGGAUACGGACAACUACAUCAAGGCAAUGCGUCUCUUUGUUGGAGAGCCUGUUUGGACGCCAUACAAUCGCCCCCAUGACCAUCUCCCGGCUAGGAAGGAGUAUGUCGAUAGAAUCAUCAACCGAGGUGGAAACCAAGCUGUUGAAGCUCGUUGAAUGUGCACUAGCAUAUCGGCAUGUUUGCUAUCGAGUCUGCUUGUUGUGCUACACCUUACAAGUGUUGCCGAAUAAGAUGUGCUACCGCAAUCUGCUCAUACCACAAUCAUGCUCGUGUGCCAUUCAGUAGUUUGCACAAAACCUGCUUCAAAUCUUUCGUAGAUAUUUUGUAAAAUGGUAUGAAUGAUGUGGUCUUUGAUGAAUGAUGAAGAUUCAAACCCUCUGCUCGUCUCAAAUCUG